GUGUUCAGAGUCGCGGAGCGGGAACAGAGAGAGAGAGGGAGGAGCUCCGGCGGAAAUGGCGAGCGGCGAGGUGAACGCGGCGGAGAGGCGGGACGACGGCGUCGUCGAGCUGCCGGCUCCGGCGGGCUGGAAGAAGAAGCUCACUCCAAAGAAAAGUGGGACGCCUAGGAGGAACGAGAUAGUCUUUAUUUCACCUACUGAUGAGGAGAUCAAGAGUAAGAGGCAGUUGGAUCAGUAUCUCAAAUCUCAUCCUGGAGGACCGUCAGCUUCUGAAUUCGACUGGAGCACAGGUGAAACUCCUAGGCGUUCUAUGAGGAUUAGCGAGAAAGUUAAAGCAACAGAGACCCCUGAAAAUGAGCCCCCUUCGAAGCGGUCCAGCGGAAAGAAGGGGGCAAAAGCUAAAACACAAGAUACUGAAGUAGGGUAUGAGGAUGCUGAAGAGAAAGAAGAUACUGCAGCUGGGGAAGAAACUAAAGCAAGCAAGGAAGUGGAAAUGAAAGACGCGGUUGAGGAUGAUCUGGCAAAGCACAAAGGAGAUGUUCCUGAUAAAGAAUCUGAAGAAACAGUGCAUGAGGCAAACAGUGAGAAGAUAGAGAAACCGGGAGCUGCUGGUGAAGCUGAGAAAGAGAAGCUUGACCAAGAGUCGCAAGCGCCUGAAGUAGAGACAACUAAGGACAAUCUGGUAGAGAACUUAGCAGAGCCUGUGUUUGAAGGUAAGACCUCUUCUGAUGCAAAGGAAGAGCACGUGGGGAGUGAAGCGCCCAUAUCUGUAGGUUCUGAGGAUAAAAAGGAAGGACCCAAGGACAAGGCAGCACAAUCUGAAGCACCAUCCAUACAAAAGGAAAGCGAGACUCCAGAAUGUCCGAAAGAUGGACUUCCUGAUGCUGAUGUUAAGGCUGUUAAGGACCUUCAUCCCGAAGAAGUCGGCGUGGAUGGAAAUAAGGCGAGUUGAGAUGGAAAAAGCUUUCCAGAUUCUCACUCUGACCUUCAGGGAAAUUUAAUAUGAGGCUUAGGUCGCGAAGUUAUCUAUAGAGAUUUUGCUAGUCUUAGAACUAAUUUUUUUGUUAACAUCAUCCUCCAAACUUCAUUAAGUCGGAUCUUGAUGCCGGGUCUUAGCAUUUGUCAUCCCAUAGCAAGGUGGCAACGAUGAUAUCCUGUGUCCGUAGUGUGGUCGUCAUAAUAGUUGGAGCUGUUUAUGGUUGCUUUCUUUUUUUGGGUUAAUUUUUGUAUUGUAUCCUAGAAUCGAGACACAUGAUUCUUGGACAUUUUAAUCAGCUCUAAAUUCAUGUGAA